CUCUUUGGACUUGUAAGAGUUCUGUUCCAAGACCCUUGCAUAUCUUAGCCCCAAUGCACUUACCUGAACUGCGGCCCUAGCGUUAGGCAGCGAAGGAAACAGAAUGCCAUUGCUAGAGGUCAGAGGCUUGCGACGCGACAUCGCAGAUCGCAGCGUCUUGACCAAUGUCUCUUUUUCCUUGGAGCAUGGAGAAAUCUUGUUCGUUCGAGGUCCCAGCGGCGUUGGCAAGUCACUCCUGCUACGCGCCAUAGCAGGACUUGAUCACUUAGAGGGCGGCUCCCUGCUGCUCCAGGGCAGUUCCCCCGCGCAGCUCGGCUACCCCGCCUGGCGCACCGCGGUGUCGUACGUGCCCCAGAGCCGCGCCAGCAGCCUACGUGGCACCCCGGCGGAGCUGUACUUCAGCGCUCAGCGGUUCAGUGCGCAACGGGGCCGCCCGCGCGGCGACCUGCCUGCACUGGUGCAUGCACUGGGUCUGGAGCAGGCGGUGCUGAACCAGCAGUGGGGCGAGCUGUCGGGCGGCCAGGCUCAGCGGCUGUGUGUGGCCAUUAGUGUGGCGCUGGGUCCGCACGUGCUGCUGCUGGACGAGCCCACCUCGGCAUGCGACCCGGCGGCGGUGCUCAGGAUGGAACGGGUGUUGUCGGGUUGCGGUGCGGCGCUGGUGUGGGUCACCCAUGACCCCGACCAGCCUGCGCGGGUGGGGGGGCGGGUGCUGGAGCUGCCGCUGGGAAACAUACUGCCCGCCGCCGCUGCUGCUGCUGUUGCUGCUGCUGCUGUACCGCAACUGGGGUUGGGAGGGGACCUGGGGUUGGGGAUGGGGAUGGGCAGGAUGUUGGGGGCAGCCAUGACGGGUGAGCUAGCCAGGCAGGGGCAGCAUGGCCAGCAAGGGCAGCAACUGCAUGGGCAGGGGCCUAGACAUGAUAACAGUUCGGGGGCGCUACUGAUGCCUUUGGAGUUUGGUAAUGAGGAGGUGGAGGUGGAGGGUGGUGGUGGGGGAGGAGGAAGCUUUGUUGGGGGGGCAGUGCAGCACGGCGGGAAGGCGACGGCUGCUGCUGCAGGGGCAGCCGAGCUGCUGUCGUACGUGGAUGGAGAUGGAGAUGGCGGCGAGAGCGAUGCAGAUGGUGCGGCGGCAUCGGCGUCAGGCGAGGAGAGGUACUUGUACGGGGACUCGACGAGGGCGGCGGGCGCGAGGAUGAGGGAGGUGCCGACCCCGGCGGCGCAGGCGGAGGGGGUGA